UUCUGACAGCACCGCCGGGUUGUAGGAUCUUUUCUCACAGAUCAGUCUACAUUCUCGGUAUAUCGCGAUAAUUACUUGAUUCAGUCGGACGCAGAGAACAAAGUUCAGCUCGGGGUUUCAGUGUAACUCUCGCCAGCUGUGGAAGUGGGAGAUGAUGUGAGAGCUUCACAUCAGGACGCAGGUUACCCGAGAACUUCAGCACCUGUCCACACUGUCACUCAUCUCCCCAUCUGGAACCUCUGUAGUUUCUUUCUCUCUCUAUCAGACACUUAAGCAUGGAUCAUCACCUUGUAUUCAGUACUCUGGAGACGGUGUGUGAGGAAGCCAUUUCUGCCAUCAAUACGCAUUUCAGUUCACUACAAAAUGAUGCCACCAGUCAACUCCUGGCAACAAUGAGAGACAUUCAUGAGCACGGGCAAGCCGUCAAGGCUUUGGUCAGUGGCUUUGCUGCUGUGUAUCACCAUUUUGAUUUUAACACAGAGACACCUGGGAAUGGUUACCGCACCUUGGUCAAGGUGGUUCUUUCCUGCGUGCUCUGCAUAAUCCAGAAAGGCCGUUACAUUGCCUCCAACUGCGGCGGGAUGUUUUUUCGUGUGGAGCACAAUGCUGGCGAGAUGAAAGCAUACUGCAUGGCGCUCUGUCAGCUGCGGGCACUGCUCUACCUGGCACAGCGUUUACUCAACAACAACACACAUGAGCAGCUCCAUUCACUGGAUGAUGAAGGUCUGAGCAGGAGGUUCAUCAGCGAGUACACAUCUAUGCACAAGGCCUGUUUCUAUGGGCGUUGCCUGGGCUUUCAGUUCUCUCCUUCUCUCAGGCCUUUCAUGCAGACAGUGGUCAUCAGUAUGGUGUCAUUUGGAGAGAACUACAAAAAACAGCAGACGAGAUUAGCGUCUAGAUGGUUGCACCGAUUGACUUCACAUAUUCAGGGAAGGGCAGCGCUGUCGGUCUUUACUUCUGGAAAGUAUGUCAUGGAUCCUGAGCUGAGGGGGGCGGAGUUUGAACGCAUCACUCAGAACCUGGAUAUGCAUUUCUGGAAAACCUUUUGGAACAUGACUGAGACAGAGCUGAUAUCAAGUUUAGCGCGUAUCAGGUCACAUGCUGUGCAGGUGAAUUUGACUCUAACAAUUCCAGGUGAGCCACUGACUUUACCUCUAGCCUCAGACACAAGUCUAUCAAUCACAGUGUCCCCUCCCAUCGCCCACUGGGGGCCUGGACCCGUUCACGUACGCCUCAUCUCUCACAUGCUCCGCCAGGGACAGGAUAGUGCUGAGCUGCUCUCGUUCUCUCGGUCUGAGGGAUCUCAGCUCUCUCGUCCUGUCGGACUCAGGCCUCAGACUGGCGCCCUCUCUUCAUGCCUCCUAAUCCACUUUCAUGGAGGUGGAUUUGUGGCCCAGACCUCUAAAUCUCAUGAAAGUUACCUAAAGAGCUGGUCAAAGGAUUUGAAUGUGCCUAUCCUAUCAGUGGAUUACUCACUGGCUCCUGAAGCCCCCUUUCCUCGGGCUCUGGAAGAAUGUUUCUUUGCUUACUGCUGGGCUCUAAAGAACUGUCAUUUACUGGGCUCGACAGCGAAACGUGUGUGUCUAGCAGGAGACAGUGCUGGUGGAAACCUAUGUAUCACUGUCUCUAUGAAGGCCAUAUCUCAUGGAGUAAGAAUCCCCGACGGCAUCAUGGCUGCCUACCCGGCGACACUCCUGACAAUUGACGCCUCUCCAUCGCGGUUUCUCACACUCAUCGACCCAGUGCUGCCUCUUAACGUGCUUUCUAAGUGUAUCGAUGCGUACACUGGUGUGGAUAGUGUGUCACUGCAGCUCAGGCAGCAGAUGGGCAGUCUGAGCACUCUCGAACAGGACACUCCACUUUUUCUUGAGAACAUCACACAAGGAGCUUCCAACCAGCUGCAGUCAGGGCUUGACCACACAGCUACUUCACCUGCUAGAUCAUCUGAUGGUUCUCAAAAUACCAUGCCUCAUUCUAUAAACACGCUGCAGGGCCCAACGGAAUUCCCAGAAGGCUUCGAACCACUGCGCUCCGGAUGCCUGGCAGAGAUUCAUCCCCCCUGCCUUCCUAUCAUGAAGAACCCAUUUGUAUCUCCUCUACUUGCAUCUGACAGUCUCCUCAGGGGACUGCCACCUGUCCAUCUAGUGGCUUCAGCUUUGGAUGCUCUGUUGGAUGAUUCUGUGAUGUUUGCCAAAAAGCUGAAGAGCAUUGACCAACCGGUGACCUUGACCGUAUUGGAGGACAUCCCACAUGGCUUCCUCAGCCUAUCACACCUCUGCAAAGAAACUAAGGAUGCAUCAGACAUUUGCGUAACACGAAUCAAGGAAGUCUUUGAGCAAGACGCACCACAAUAAAACUCCUUUAUCGAAUGAGCUUAAUAAUGAUGGCACAUUAAAUAUUCCUAGUAAGCCGACAAAGCAGUGUUAGGGGUUGACGAGACGAAAUGUAAGGAACUGUGGGGUGGGGUGGGGGGAAUAGAAAAACAGCCCAUUAGACUAAAGAUAUCUCAAAAUGGUGCACUUCUGUGUUGUAACUUGGGUUAAAGUACCAAGAUUAGGAACCUCAGCACUGUGAAAGUACUGCAAAAGAGAGAGUGUGUUUACUGCACGAAUAUCCGAACAAAAUAACCUGUGCUUAAUGUCUAUUUAUUUCUUAUUGUUCGACAAAUUCACAACAUGUACCUCUUCGGUCAUUUUGGAGCUUUGUGUUUUGUCAUUCCUCUUUCCCUGAGACCACGGACAAUUUUGCUCCCUUGACACCCAGUCACGAUUGGCGUUUCUGCCGCACCAGUACUUGCCUUAAGUGAAAAGCGUACUCUUUAAGCGUCUCUGUAUUAUUGUUAGUCAUUACUUGAAAAGCAAAUGAACCCAAAGUAGCAAUCUAUACUACUAAGCAUAUUGACUUGAAACGUUAUCACCAAUUGCAUGUAUUUUAAACCAAUCUUGAUGAUUGUAAAUUUUAAAAUGACACAAGUUUCUGUGAAAAACUCGCAGAAGAUGCCAGCCCUCUCGUGUGGCCUUGCGAGCUACAAUAUUUGCGCACAGCUUGGCUUGAACAUAUUGUAAAACAAUAUGUUACUUGGGCUUCAUGUAUCAAACUGGAUAUGAACAGAUUUAUUUGUAAAUCUUUCGUAUGAGCAUUUACGCAAGAAAUUCGUUUUUUCAUGGAAAUCCCAGAAAUUUGGAAAAAAACAUUCAUAUCCAACUCAUGCUCCUGAGUGUGUGUAAAUUAACACAAAGAAAACUCUCUAAUGUAAACCUCGACUUGAUCGAUUUCAAAUCGCAUCAUUGGCAUGGGUGAGUGCACUUUUAUAUCUGAAAUAAGGUCAAAUUGUUUACGGUUUAAGCCUCGGUCACAACUGGCCGUAUGUGCUCCUACGGCCGGUCUACGUGUAAAAAAAAUGCAAGAAAUGCACGGAGGGCGCACGUGAAACGCACGGAGGGCACGCGUGUGACGUGCUGAUUUUCGAGCCGUAGACCAGCCGCAGAGGUUCUUUGUCAUGUCAAACAAAUUCUACGGGUGCUUAUGUUUUUUUCAGGUUGCAAGACAAACUUACGGCCAACGUGCGUCUUUCUCCACUAACAAAAAAAAAAACGCAGCGAUUUGGGAAACGCCAAAAAUCGCACGGCCAAAAAAUCGUACGUCCGGUUGUGACCUAGGCUUUACGUAUUAAGUUUACAGUGUUUAGUAGAUGCUCUUAUCCAGAGCGACGUAUAGAAGUGCUUUGGGGUCUUUUUCAAAAACACAAUUUCAUGUUAGUUCACUAGGUCAGGGACUAAAAAUAUCAAGUACAUUUUGUGAAAAUCAGUCCUUUUUAUUUAUCCCCCACUGUACAAAAGGCCCGAAGGGGGAUUAUGUCGCGGCAAUGUCCAUCCAUCCCGGGAAGCUUCUGAAAUCAACUCCUCUCACAAUUUUUGGAGGAAUUUCAUGAAACUUGGCAGGAUUCUUUGAUAUAUGUCAGUAAUACGCAGAUUGCAAUUUCGUUCAGUUCAGUCGCAUUUUACUAGCGUUAUGGCCGAGUUGCCAGUGGGGGAUAUUGUGCUGUCAGAGCACUCUUGUACGAAGUAAAGAGCAUGGAAAAUAAAGAAGGCGAUCCAACACAAACCCCUAAAUUAAGACAAAUAAAAGUAAUGGUGCAAUAUAAACAGAGGCCGGGCCGGUCUGUCUGUGCAGAGCCGUAAACCGUAAACAAACACCUCAGCUGGUAAGAGAGUUACUCCUCACUUAUUAUUAAAAUUGAAUUAUAUUUUUAUCACCAUAGAAGUGAGCACUUAUACCACUACUUCUAUUUUUCAGACGCUAACCUGAUUGUUCAAAUUGGUGCUCUCAUAAAACCAGCCUUUCUGAAACUUUUGUAAAUUCAGAGGAAAUUUUAGGUCAGUUGGACUUAUGCAAAACAUUUACAGACAGAGAUACAGUUAGGUCCAUAAAUAUUUGGACAGAGGCAACAUUUUUCUAAUUUUGGUUCUGUACAUUACCACAAUGAAUUGUGAACAAAACAAUUCAGAUGCAGUUGAAGUUCAGACUUUCAGCUUUAAUUCAGUGGGUUGAACAAAAUGAUUGCAUAAAAAUGUGAGGAACUAAAGCAUUUUUUAAACACAAUCCCUUCAUUUCAGGGACUCAAAAGUAAUUGGACAAAUUAAAUAAUUGUAAAUAAAAUGUUCAUUUCUAAUACUUGGUUGAAAACCCUUUGUUGGCAAUGACUGCCUGAAGUCUUGGACUCAUGGACAUCACCAGACGCUGUGUUUCCUCCUUUUUAAUGCUCUGCCAGGCCUUUACUGCAGCGGUUUUCAGUUGCUGUUUGUUUGUGGGCCUUUCUGUCUGAAGUUUAGUCUUUAACAAGUGAAAUGCAUGCUCGAUUGGGUUGAGAUCAGGUGACUGACUUGGCCAUUCAAGAAUAUUCCACUUCUUUGCUUUAAUAAACUCCUGGGUUGCUUUGGCUUUAUGUUUUGGGUCAUUGUCCAUCUGUAUUAUGAAACGCCGACCAAUCAGUUUGGCUGCAUUUGGCUGGAUUUGAGCACACAGUAUGUCUCUGAAUACCUCAGAAUUCAUCCGGCUGCUUCUGUCCUGUGUCACAUCAUCAGUAAACACUAGUGACCCAGUGCCACUGGCAGCCAUGCAUGCCCAAGCCAUCACACUGCCUC